UCAGCCGUCACUUUGCCACGAAGCAUGCAAACUAUGCUAGCAAGCAGUCAACACAAGAACGGGCGGCUACUGCUCAGAGGUUGGCAGCUAAUUUACAGAGUCAACAGAACUUUUUUCACCGACAAACUGCAAUUCAAGAGUCAAGUACCAAGGCAAGUUAUUUGCUGGCAUUCAAAUUAACAAAGGCUAGCAAGCCUUUCUCCGAAGGCGAGUUUUUGAAAGAGUGCAUGGUAGAGACAGCAGGUCUCUUGUGUCCGGAGAGCAAAGCCAAGUUUGAAAAAAUCAGUUUAGCACGCAGGACAGUGACUCGCCGCGUGGAACUGAUUGACGCAGAUAUAGUCAGCGAGUUAAACAAAAAGGCGGAGUCCUUUAAGUUAUAUUCACUAGCACUGGAUGAAAGUAGCGACAUAAAAGACACUGCUCAGCUCCUAAUUUUUAUCCGAGGGAUUAACGACAGUUUUGAGAUAACGGAGGAGCUUUUGAGCAUGGAAUCACUGAAAGGGAAAACGCGAGGAGAGGACUUAUAUGAACAGGUGUCUGCUGUCAUCGAGAGAAUGAAGCUACCUUGGAGUAAACUUGCCAAUGUCACCACGGAUGGAUCGCCAAAUUUUACUGGAAAAAACAUCGGGCUGCUGAAAAGAAUCCAGGAUAAAGUGAAAGAAGAAAACCCUGACCAGGAUGUUAUUUUACUUCACUGCAUCAUUCAUCAGGAGUCUCUGUGUAAGUCUGUAUUGCAGCUUAAUCACGUCAUGGAUCCAGUUGUAAAACUUGUUAACUUCAUACGAGCAAGGGGACUUAAUCAUCGUCAGUUCAUUACGUUCCUGGAAGAAACUAAUGCGGAUCACCAGGACCUACUUUACCACUCUCGCGUCCGAUGGUUAAGUUUGGGGAAAGUGUUUCAACGAGUCUGGGAGCUCAAAGACGAGAUUCGCUCAUUUUUUAAUUUAAUGGUGAAAUCCGAAGAAUUCCCCGAGCUGAGCGACACAAACUAGCUUUGUGACUUUGCGUUUGCUGUGGACAUAUUUUCACACAUGAAUGAGCUGAACGUGAAGCUACAGGGGAAAGAUCAGUUUGCGCACGACAUGUACACAAAUGUGAGAGCCUUCAAAUCCAAGCUGGUUUUAUUCUCCUGGCAAAUGUCAAACAAAUCUUUCGCACAUUUCCCCACACUAGCCGUGCAGAAAGAGGCCGGCUUCCCUCGGGACACCGACACCUCACCGUGGUCUUCCGGGAAGAAAGGCAAGCACCGGCGCGACUCUACGGGAUGGCAGCUAAACCGUUCAUGCAGCUUACCGGAAGCAGUAGGCUGCUGUUUACCCGCCGGCCAGCUGAUAUGAAACCUGUCAGCGGCUCGGGUGAGGACCUCCAGCAGUUCUUUGGCGGCAGCGGGGGAAUGAGGCGCCUCGACGUCAGCCUCCGCUGCCUCUACGCUCACCACGUCCAGCUCCUCUGAGCUGGAGGAACGUGAGAGCGGCGUCUCGUCCGGGGUGGAGGAAGCCGCCGAGCGUGCCUCCGAUGCCGGAAACGAGCGCCUGGGUCUGGCGGUGAAGGGCAGGGAAAAGGCCUCAGCCGACCCCGAAUCCUCCGCAAGAUCCAUAAGUGAUCCCCAUAAAGACAGCGCUCUGCCUCAGCACGAGCUGGACCGGAGCCUCAGCGAAGAGGGCUCGACGGGAGAGACGGGAGUGCCAUGACAGGCGCUCACAGUCUGCACAGCUAGCCCCCUCAAGGGCUGGCUGAGCGUGCUCCACGCCCAGGCAGACAACACACAAGGCGUGCGAGUCACUGCCCGUAAUGAAACGCGGGGGGACACACUGGACAAACCGCUCAGCCAUAACACUAGGAAAAACUUCACACGCACUGUAUGAAGGCACAGAGAUGAAUGGUCCUGCCCUUCGGGUCCCUUCAUAGCGUUCUGGUCCCGGCGUCGCCCGCCUAUGACGUACCAGCUCGCCAUUGGUUAGAUUUUAUUCGUGCUUCAUGACGCGGUCAUGCAGAGGCAUUCCCACAGCGUUUUUACCCAGCUCGAGUUCCCUGAGAGGGAACAUGACUCCUUGCAUUUCUUGGAAAGUUAUCUUUGUGUGGCUUCAAAGUAAAACGGAAAAAUAGGCCUUUAUUCAACUUUAUUUCUGUGCACACAAAUCCAUAUGAAAUUCACACUUCAUACACGUUUUGUUCUUUUUUGAUUUUAGUUUCAAGUGUUAAAAAUAAGAAUAUUAAAUAAAGUUUGUAAUAAGGAAAUUGUUCAUGACGCAGUUGCAGUUUAAAAAGUUCAGACAAUGUUUAGUCAGACCUAUAUUGUAAUAAAGUAUUAAGAAGUAAACAAUAGUGUGUCCUGGUAUGAAAUGAUGAGAUGGAGAGACGAUGCCAGAUGCAAUCUCAAGUCCUCUUUCAGCAGGAAGGAGGACUGUUUCCUUCUUUUACAUUAAUUCCAUCCCUGACGGAGGUCAUGUGGUUGGAGGUUAAAACGGAAAGUGAAACCCGAAGCACUCCCCUCUCUCUUCUCUCACUUUAUUAAUAGAUUAACACAGCAACGCUGUAGUUGGUUUUGAAGUCUUCACACAUUGUCCUCAGAGGCUGUUCAUUAGCUGGACUCUCUUCAGCCUGUUCACUGGGAUUUGCAUGGUUGCUUCUCCUGGAGACAUGGAGGCUGUGGUUGGACUGUUUGUGACGCUUCUGGGAGUCUCUCACGGUGUGGAAACUCACUGUGAUGGACGACAGACCAGAACUCAGUGUUUUGGAGGUUUAGGAGGAACUCUGGUCCUCCAGCUGAUGAAUAAUGCCUCAGAAAUAAAAAAAUAUCAAUGGUUGAAGAAUAAAACAAUAAUACUGCAGGGGAACAAGAAUGGCAUUGAGUCGAAUACAACAGGAAACAGAUCAUUCUUUACUCCUAGUAAUGGAACACUUAGGAUCAAUAACCUGAGCAGGACUGAUGGUGGUGAAUAUAGACUUGAAACCUUUAGAUCAGAUAGAAAGAAAUCAGGUCCCAGGUUUCAACAGUUGACCAUUCAAGCUCCUGUGUCCUCUGUCCUGCUGGUCUAUGCGUGUCUGUCCCAUGGAGAGAGGAAGCUGUCCUGCUCUUCGGAGGGAGCAGACAGUCCUCAGUACAGCUGGACUCUGGAUGGACACAAUCUGACAGACUCUGAGCUCCUCGGUGGAAACACUGAGAGGAACAUCAUCACUCUGAAACAACACGUCUCAGGACGACUGGUCUGCUCGGUCAGGAAUGACGUCAGUAGUUACUCAAGAGAAGAGACGGUCUCUACCUGUGAGAGAAUAUUGACAACAGCAGCUUAUGUACUGGCUGCACUCGUACUUCUGUUAGUGGUCGUGGUCUCUGUCGUCUGUGCUCACAAGAAAAAGCAAAAAAACAAACCUAAAGGAGAAGACAACCAGGAAUUAACCUGUUCUGAGGUCAGGACUGGGCCGCGGCCGGGGAGGCAGAUGAAGCAGAGAGCAGAGGAGGAGGUGGAGUACGGGAACGUGAAGUUUUCACAGCGACCCCGACACAAUGUUGAACCAGCUGCAGAGUGUGUGUACGCCAACGAAAGGUGAGAAAGGUGAUCCACAGGGUUUAGAGACUGAACAGAUGAAGGCACACGAAGCUUCACCCGAUUUUUAUGAAAAAAUAUUCAAUAUUUUAUGUUCCCCUAUCUUAACAAUUUGUCAGAUAAUUCUAUAAUUACGUAUUGUUUCUAAUUCAUGAGCAUAAGUACCUCGCUCUAAACUUGAAAUCAUGUAAAUAUUUUUUUAUACAAUGUUGUUGAAAUGUGGAUCGCUGUUUUUACUCACGAGAUUUCAGAGUCAUUUAAUGUUAGAAUUUACUUGGACUAAAAUGUAUUCGUAUAACAGAUGUAGAAUGAUUAGUUCACUGUAUAAACGUGUAUUCUCAUGCAUACUGUAUUUAGUGGGGAUUCAUUCAUUGUUUGGUUUUGUGUAAAGUCAAAUUAAAUCAUUCUAUCCUUCUCAUUAAACCGCUUCAAGAAGAAUCAUUUUGCUACUUGCUCCUCCUCGUUCCUCCUUCCUUAUACCAUAAAUAAAUAUAUACGCAGGAAAUAUUCUGUUUUAUAUUUUAUUAUUAAUUCAUUAAUAUAUUUUCCAUUUUCAUAAACAAUUAGAGGGUUUGUUGCCCUUUUGUUUUGGUUUAAGCACCUGCCCCCAAAAAUUUCUUUGCACGUUCCUGAUGUGCACUUUAUUCAAUUAUUUAUGAUUUGAUAUGAUAUACAGGUCAAAAAUGUAACUGAUCUUGGGUAAUAAUGUCAUUAAUACAUGUAUUUAUUUAAAAUGGUAUUUUACUUAAAAGAAGGAAUUUGCAAUCCUAAUAUGUCCGUACAAAGUUUACAUUUGUACAUCAUCUUCUUUUCUCCCUCUUCUUUAAUGUGACAUACAAAUAAAAGCAAUGUGAGCAUGAGAUAAUUUACUUAUUAUUUAUAAUAAUGUAGCACACUUUAACAUUUCAAACAUAAAAAGACCAGACACGUAGAGAAACGUAGAGUUUCGUAGAGAAACGUAGAGAGCAUUAAACCGUUUAAUGUCAGUGGACAAUGAGUCAUGUAGCAGCGCUGUAUUUCAGGAUGUGGCUUCACACUGCUGUGACCGCAUGAUAUUCCACGGUCAUUUGUGAACACGCCAUCUCUCAAUUCCUUUCUGUUAUCACAAUGU